UGCGUGUCUACGUUGAGAAAAAUAUAAGGAUAUCAAAAGGAAAAUAUAAAUAAAUAAAUAAAAUCAAACAUGAUCCUCAAGAUGCUGCUUUCAGAGUAUCGUCCACUUCUUCUUCAUCUCAUUUUUCCUCAACGGUAAUUCUCCAUGAAUUCUCAGAUUGACUGAAAACCGCACCUUUUUCUUCUUUCUUCUCCAGGAAAGGAGGACGAUAACCCCAGCAGUAUAUGACUUCGGGAAGCAAGUCAAAGCAAAUGCAGCAAAGUCAACUCAAUUCCACGAUGCAAGCUCAAUCUUCAGGUACCAGUAAUGUUAUUUAUCGCGAUGCAGUUAGCAAAGCUGUAGCGCAGUACACUUUGGAUGCUAGACUCCACGCCGUCUUCGAGCAAUCCGGCGAAUCCGGCAAGUCGUUCGAUUACUCCCAAUCCGUGAAGACCACCAUCCAGAGUGUUCCUGAGAAGCAAAUCACCGCCUACUUGUCGAAAAUCCAGCGAGGAGGUCACAUUCAGCCGUUCGGGUGUAUGAUUGCCGUGGACGAGCCCAGCUUUCGCGUCAUUGGUUACAGCGAGAACGCCCGGGAGAUGCUUGGGUUAACACCUCAGUCAGUUCCGAGCCUCGAGAGGCCUGAAGUCCUCAUGAUUGGGACGGAUGUAAGGACCGUUUUUACCUCAUCCAGUUCGAUUUUGCUUGAGCGUGCGUUUGGUGCGAGAGAGAUCACUCUGCUCAACCCAAUCUGGAUCCAUUCGAAGAUCUCUGGGAAGCCAUUUUACGCUAUUUUGCAUAGGAUUGAUGUUGGAAUAGUUAUAGACUUGGAACCAGCUAGGACUGAGGACCCCGCCUUAUCUAUUGCAGGAGCUGUGCAGUCUCAGAAGCUCGCAGUGAGAGCUAUCUCCCACUUGCAGUCACUCCCUGGUGGGGAUAUCAAGAUUUUGUGUGACACUGUGGUUGAGAGCGUCAGAGAGCUAACAGGCUAUGACCGAGUCAUGGUGUAUAAGUUUCAUGAGGAUGAACAUGGUGAGGUCGUGGCUGAAAGCAAAAGGCCGGAUUUAGAACCCUAUAUUGGGUUACACUAUCCCGCCACAGACAUUCCUCAGGCAUCUAGAUUCUUGUUUAAACAGAACAGGGUUAGGAUGAUUGCUGAUUGCAAUGCCAUUCCUAUUCGGGUCGUUCAAGACGAAUCUCUUAUGCAGCCCCUCUGUUUAGUGGGUUCCACCCUUCGUGCCCCUCAUGGUUGUCAUGCACAGUACAUGGCGAAUAUGGGCUCCAUCGCUUCUUUGACACUUGCAGUUGUUAUAAAUGGGAGUGAUGAGGAAGCCAUAGGAGGAAGAAACUCGAUGAGGCUAUGGGGUUUGGUCGUCGGCCAUCACACUUCUGCCAGAUGCAUACCUUUCCCUCUCCGAUACGCCUGUGAGUUCCUCAUGCAGGCCUUUGGCCUCCAGCUGAACAUGGAACUCCAAUUGGCAUCACAGUUGUCGGAGAAACAUGUCCUGAGGACACAAACACUGUUGUGUGAUAUGCUUUUGAGGGAUGCCCCUACUGGGAUUGUCACCCAGAGCCCUAGUAUUAUGGAUCUUGUGAAGUGUGAUGGGGCUGCAUUAUACUACCAGGGAAAAUACUACCCUUUGGGUGUUACACCCACUGAAGCCCAGAUAAGGGACAUAGUUGACUGGCUGUUGACUUACCAUGGCGACUCAACCGGGUUGAGCACGGAUAGUUUGGGUGACGCAGGGUAUCCUGGUGCAGCCUUACUUGGAGAUGCCGUUUGUGGGAUGGCUGUUGCUUAUAUAACCACCAGAGAUUAUCUUUUCUGGUUCCGGUCCCACACCGCGAAAGAGAUCAAGUGGGGUGGGGCCAAACAUCACCCGGAGGAUAAGGACGAUGGACAGAGGAUGCAUCCUCGUUCUUCAUUCAAGGCGUUUCUUGAAGUUGUCAAGAGUCGCAGUCUGCCUUGGGAGACUGCUGAGAUGGAUGCCAUUCACUCUUUACAGCUAAUCCUUCGUGAUUCAUUUAAAGAUGCUGAGGCAAGCAAUUCUAAGGCUGUUGUGAAUGUUCCACUUGGGGAAUUAGAGUUGCAAGGGAUGGAUGAGCUGAGCUCAGUUGCUAGAGAGAUGGUUAGGUUGAUAGAAACUGCCACGGCUCCCAUAUUUGCUGUGGAUGUCGAGGGACGGAUAAAUGGGUGGAAUGCUAAAGUUGCAGAAUUGGUUGGGUUGUCUGUUGAGGAAGCAAUGGGGAAGUCGUUGAUUCAUGAUCUUGUUCAUAAAGAGUCACAAGAAGCUGCUGAGAAGCUUUUGUUUAAUGCAUUAAGAGGUGAAGAAGAUAAGAACGUAGAGAUAAAAAUGAGAACAUUUGGCAGUGAGCAAGAUAAGAAGGCUAUAUUUGUAGUGGUCAAUGCAUGUUCCAGCAAGGAUUACACAAACAACAUCGUUGGUGUCUGCUUUGUUGGUCAAGAUGUCACCGGACAGAAAGUUGUAAUGGACAAAUUCAUUCACAUACAAGGCGAUUACAAGGCUAUUAUACACAGUCCCAACCCUCUGAUCCCUCCCAUAUUUGCUUCAGAUGAGAACACGUUAUGCUCCGAGUGGAACACUGCCAUGGAAAACCUUACUGGCUGGAGCCGGGGGGAAAUGAUCGGCAAAUUGCUAGUAGGUGAGGCUUUCGGAAGCUGUUGUAGGCUGAGGGGCCCGGAUGCUUUGACCAAAUUCAUGAUCGUGUUGCAUAAUGCGAUUGGAGGACAAGACACAGAAAGGUUCCCCUUUUCCUUUUUUGACAGGAAUGGGAAAUACGUACAAGCUCUCUUGACAGCGAAUAAGAGAGCAAAUAUGGACGGACAGAUUGUUGGGGCCUUCUGCUUCUUGCAGAUUGCCAGUGCGGAAUUGCAGCAAGCUCUCACUGUCCAGAGGGAGCAGGAAAAGAAGUCUUUUUCAAGGAUGAAAGAGCUGGCUUACAUCUGUCAGGAAAUAAAAAAUCCGCUAAACGGAAUACGCUUCACAAAUUCAUUAUUGGAGGGAACACAGCUGACAGAAGAUCAAAAGGAGUUUUUGGAGACUAGUGCUGCUUGUGAGAAACAAAUGUUGAAGAUUAUAAGGGAUGUUGAUAUGGAAAAAAUUGAAGACGGUUCGCUUGAGCUGGAAAACGCGGAUUUUUAUCUCGGGAGGGUAAUAGAUGCUAUUGUUAGCCAAGUGAUGUCCUUUCUGAGAGAAAGAGGACUGCAACUAAUCCGGGACAUUCCAGAAGAAAUUAAGACACUGGCACUUAAUGGGGAUCAAGUGAGAAUUCAGCAGGUACUAGCAGAUUUUUUGCUAAACAUGUCACGCCAUGCGCCAUUCCCAGGAGGCUGGGUAGAAAUCCAAGCCCGCCCUAGUUUCAUGCAGAUUUCUGAUUCCACGAACGUUGUUCGUAUUGAAUUCAGGAUAAUGUGCCCAGGCGAAGGUCUUCCUCCAGAAUUAGUGCAAGACAUGUUCCACAGCAGCAGAUGGGUGACUCAAGAAGGGUUAGGGCUGAGCAUGAGCCGGAAAGUAUUAAAGGUGAUGAAUGGGGAAGUCCAAUAUAUCAGAGAAUCAGAAAGGUGUUAUUUCCUCAUCAUCCUUGAGCUUCCCUCGGCUGCACCUACGAGAGCUGCCAUGAGUAUUACUAGCUAAUCACACUCCAAUCCAUUGAAGAAUAUUUGGAACCAAAGGGGUUUUUCCUCAUGCAAGAGUUCCACCCCCUGGCUCCCAAGGUGAUCUAAUCACACUAAUCAAACUUGUAGUGUUUGCCUCUCCCAUAUUGAAACUUCCAACCCAGAAUAUGGAGAUUUCUGGUCUGAGCAAUGUUGUUUUAUGAUACUCCACUAGCUUUUUUCAAAGACUCAUUCUGAACCUCCAGGAUUCUGAUUUGGUCUGUGGUGAAAAAUCCCAGAAAGAAAAAUCAAUUUGUUCAAUGUGCUUCUAGUAGGCUUUGGUCAAUGAAUUUGAGGGGGUGACUUGUACUCUGGUUCCGGUCGAUGGCAGGCGGUUUGUUUCUCUUCUGUAUGUAUUUUCCAAUUUUCAUAGGAAAUGUGUACGCAAAGUGCUACAUGACUCCUUGAUUUUAUAAACUUUUAUAUUCAUUAACAAUUAUUCAUGGAUUGGUCAGUUCUAUUACAAUAUAUGAGAGUUUGGCUUCACGUGUUGUUUGGACCUACAGAUUGGAAAUAUAUGAAGGGUCGUUUACUAAUUAGAAGUUUUUGUUUCCCAGAA